GUGACCUGCUGCGUGUGUCUGCCUCCACGAGGCAUCACGGCAUGACUUUACUUGCUUGGUUUGUAAAAGUAUUGCUUAUAUCUUUAUUACUACACAGUUUUCAGACAUCGGAUCAUUGAGAUCAUUUACUUACAUAAGCUCAACGUGGAUUGAUAAAUAAAGCCUCGAGAAAUGAGUGCUAAUGGUUUACUUUCAGUUACUGUUUACGAAUUUGUUAUUAUAGCAUUCGCAAUUUUUCAUUAAAAUUUUAAAGCACACUUGAGUGCUUGCUGUUCGCCUGUUCCCCUAGUUAAUGAAUUUGGUCCUGCCCGCGUGCCAAUCACUCCAGCCCCGACCGUUCUGCCCAAGCUCUACAAACUACAAUCCCGCCCAAUACCUGGUAUCUAGGUGCAACCGUGCAGGAGUCGGAAAAUUCAUCAUCUGCAUACUUCAAGAAUCAAGUUUCUCAGGGUUCUCAGGAUGUGUGCGUCGUAUGUGCAUAAGUCCGGCUUCAAGAAACGUAAAGAACGAAAAGAGAAAAGGGAAAGAGAAGCUGAAGGACUACAAGUGAUCACUCAGUUUUUAAAAAAUACUAAUGAGUGCUCACAAGUAGAGAAUGACGAUGAAUUAUGUGCACCACUACCAUCAACAAGCAAGCUGGAAACUGAAGUCGAUUUUCAGGAUGACAAAAAAUAUCAGGGUCCUGGUCCAAGUCCAGGAGGAAGUGUAAAUAUUGGCUCUACAUUAGAUAAGCAAGAAUCAUCAAUUUCAGUAGAUAAUGGUAGUGGUAGGCCUACUAAGGCAAUCCAAGAUGAAGCCCCAGACCAGGAUAUAAAUGUAACAGAUGUUGGGUCAUGGCCAGACCAUAUCACAGAUAGCUUGCAGCAAAAACUAGUAUCAGUAGGUGUACCAAAGCCGGAAGUAAUGCUUCAGACUAUUAAAGAGAUUCCUAAAGAUGUGAAGGGUAAUUCUUUCUCUGAAGUCUUUCUGUACUCAAGUUCAGCAAACAAUAGAGAGAAACAUUACCGUGACUGGCUUGUGUGGAGCAAGGUGAAUGAAGCUUUGUAUUGUUUUCCAUGUUUACUGUUCUCUGAAGAACAAAAUUUAGGUCAUCGUAGUUUAUUGUCUAAGAGAGAAGGUUUUUCACCACUUAAGCAGAAUUGGAAAAAACUUUACUCAAGGCUUCCAGAACAUGAAAAGAGCAGUGAUCACAGAACGUCCUAUUGCAAAUGGAAGGAGCUAGAGCAGUCACUCUGUGGGCAUGGUGUAGACCAUAAACUUCAAAAACAGAUUAUGAGUGAAGUGGAUGAGUGGAGAGCAAUUUUAACGAGGCUGUUGGAUGUAACUUUACACUGUGCAACAAGAGGACUGCCAUUUCAAGGGGAUAACACAGUAAUAGGAGAUCAACACAAUGGUAAUUUUCUUGGAACUCUAGAACUGUUGGGUAAAUAUGACAGAAUAACUUAUGAACAUUUAGCUAAAGUUCAAAAGGCUCAAGCUGAAGGCAAGAGCAUGCAAGGAAAGGUUCAUUACUUGUCAUGGCAGAGCCAGAAUGAAUUUAUUGAACUGUGUGCAAAAAAGGUUCUAAGAUUCAUACUUGAAGAAAGGCAACAAGCCAUCUACUUCUCAAUAAUAGUAGAUUCAACACCAGAUGUGGCACAUAAUGAACAAAAUGUGUUGAUACUGAGGUAUUUGAUUAAGGAUAAUGAAUCAGAUAAGUUUGAGAUUCAUGAAAGGUUCAUAGAAUUUAUAAUGUUUCACAAGAAAACUGGUGAAGAGUUAAGUGAUAUGGUGCUUUCAAGGUUAGACCAUUAUAUGAUUCCUUUCAGUGAUUGUAGAGGGCAAGGUUAUGAUAAUGGCGCAAAUAUGUCGGGAAAAGUGAAAGGUGUUCAAGCACAUCUACACAAGAAAAACCCUUUGGCACAGUAUUCUCCCUGUGGUGCUCACACACUUAAUCUAACAGGAGUUCAUGCAGCAUCCCUCUGUCCAGACACAGUAACCUUCUUUGGUUGUAUUCAGCGCCUAUAUGUGUUCUUCAGUAGUAGUCCAGCACGGUGGAAAGUCUUGCAAGAAAAUAUACCCUGUUCACUUCACUCACAAUCAGAAACUCGCUGGAGUGCUCGUGUGGAUGCUGUUCGUCCAGUAGCACAACAUUUACCAGGCAUUCUUAGCGCCUUGGAUAAAUCACUUGAGAAUUUUUGCAUGACACAUGAGAUGCGUUCAGAAGUUAUUUCUUUGAAAGAGUAUUUCACAUCAUAUCCUUCUAUUGUUCUAGCUGCCAUUUGGUUCAAAAUUCUUUCCAACAUUGAUUUGCGGAAUCAGAUCAUCCAAUCACGAGGUAUAUCACUAGAAACAGAAAUAUCUCUCAUCUCUGAUCUCUGCAUGGAACUCAGACAACUAAGAGACAUGUGGCCUGCCAGGGCUGCGUUCCGUUGGAAGUUAGCACGCUGCCCCCCCCGCAACCCCCAACGGAACGCAAGGGAACGCGCAAGCCAUACGGGUAUUGUUGACAAAGAUGGCCGUCCAAGCUGCUCUCCUCCUCCUCGCUCAAGAGCUCGCAGAAGACCCUCUGUUGGACGCUGCAGAGCUCCUCUUAGCACGAGAGGAGGAAAUAUUGCUGAGGCAAGAGGAAGAGGGAGAAGAGAGGUUGCCAAGGCAAGAAGAGGGAGAUGAUAGGCCGCCAAGUCCUGUGUGGGUCAAGGACUAUGCAGAGACUAUAGUGCCUCUUUACUCCGGGAAAAACUUCAAGAAACACUUUCGAAUGCGAAGGGAAACUGUCCCUGCAGCCACAGGUGCUGGAGGGGCCUCUGCAGCAGCUAC